CUCCCAGAUUUUCACGAUUACAUAUAAUUACAGGAGAUAAUACUUUUAUGUUAUUUCAUGUGCUUUCUUGAACCUUCCAUUUUUCUUCAUUUUCGCUGCUUCUGCUAGCUCUUUACUUUCCCUUGCCUACUGUGACUGAAAAAAAUAUGGCAGCAGCUCAUAAGAUUGCACAUGCUUCUUUGAAGGGACCCAGUGUUGUGAAAGAAAUCAUCUACGGGAUUUCUCUUAGUCUAAUUGCCGGAGGAUUGUGGAAAAUGCACCACUGGAAUAACCAAAAGCGAACCAGGGAAUUUUAUGAUCUGCUUGAAAAGGGUGAAAUCAGUGUUGUGGUGGAAGAUGCUGAGUAGGAUGUAUUACUUACUUCUGUUAUAUUUACUUUUUAAUUUCUUGUUUCUGUGUUGGCCAUGUGCAGUCUGUUGAAGUUGAAUUCUCGAUGUUUGAUUUCAGUUUUAUGUUAUCAUCAAGACCACUAAUUUUAACACUUACAUGAAUCAUUUGGUGACCAAAUUAAGUUUAGAAGCUACUGCUCAUUGAA